AAAAUAAUUUUUCUAGUAGGCGUAUCGCCUGGGGCUCCAAGUUUCUCGUUUUGUUUGUAGAAUUUUUGGCUGUUUUAUUUAUAGUUUUUUUCCAAAUAGGUUGGCAAAACUGGCCAAGCAAAUUAUUAGAUUCGUCCAGCCCAUAAAUUAGAUGUGUGUGUAAGCGGGUCGUCCGAAAAAUAACCCAUUUAGCAAGCAUCAACUUCGGUAACUGUAAUUGUUAGUGACCAAUUGAGCGAAAAAGAGCAAGAAGGAUACGCCACGCCAAAGUCCGUGCACUGAUUUCGAGCCCUCCAUGCUCGCAGUCCACCAUUGGUAACAUGUCGAGCAAUGUGGCGGGUGCUGCCGGCCCAGGUGGCGCCCCAGAUUUGCAGCUGGAGGCGGAGGGCGUUGCUCCACUAGCACUGCCGGCGGAGGAGCAUCCGGCCGCGCAGGAGCAUGUGAAGACGCCGGGAUCGCAGGAUCACCGCCAUUCCGGCUCCCAUUCCCGUCGAUCGGGCGGUGGCCAGGUGCCGUCCCGCAAUCAGGGGGGCAACAACGAGUGCCAGUUCUUCUUCGAGGACGAGGUGUUCCGCAUCGAUCGGCGGGGUCGCAUCCACUUUGGCGUCAUCACGGAGACGGCCGAUUCCUAUUCCUCCGAUGAGGAUGAGGAAGUGGACGAGGUGCUGUCCAAGGGCCAGGUGCGGGUGGCCUUCUAUCCCGACGGCAAGGAGACGGUGAAGACGGAACAGUCGAUUGGUCUAGCGGAUCGAACUCUGAUGCCAGGCGAUGUGGUGCGAAGGCUUCUGCCGGGACAAAAGGACCUCGUUGGACAGGCGGGCUAUGUGCGCGAUGUGAAUGUGCGCGCCGAUGUCACCGUGCUGGGCUCCAAGUUGGUCAUCAAAAACGUGCCCGCCGAGCGACUGCGACCCAUUUCGGAGUGGACCGGCGAUGUGCCCGUGUGCCUGGGCACCUGGAUUGGCACCACCGUCAAUGUGGACGAGUGCGCCGUGCUCAAAAAUAGCAAUGGCGCCCGUUUGGAGAUCACAUCCAACGAUUUCCACAAGUUCAAGGAUGCAGUGGCACAGUGCGCCCGCGAGGUCUUCAAUCCCAAUGUCUAUUUUCCGGGCAACGUGGUGGUCGGUCGCCUGCCGCCUCCAGAUCGCGUCAAGAAUCUCACUCCGGAGAUAGCCCUGCCCGCCAAUCGCAAGGCUCGUGCCGUGUACACCGUGGAAUCCAUUCGCACCACAGCCAUUAAUGUGGCCUGGACUUGCCGGGCCAUCUCGCAGUUCGACAAUGGCACUGACACCGAUCCCCUUAAGGAGCCAAAGACCAGCAUCAAGGGCGAGGAACUGAACAGCGUCAAGCGCCUCAACAUCUAUGAAUCCUACGGGCUGCAAAUUCACGAUCGAUUCUACCUCAAAUAUACAAAAUGUGAUUUAUUAAUUGAUUACACCGAUUGGGAACAGGAGCAAGCGGACAAGUACAUCCCCAUUUACAACACUCAGAAAAAGAUAGACAGCAAGGACACCAAGCUGAACUCGUCCGCCUCGAGCAGUGGCAAUGCUCGCAAUGUGCCCAAGUUCCGCCGCCUGGCCAACAAGUUUAGCGGAAUGCGCCUGCCCCGUCCGGCGAGCGACCAUAUGCACCAGGGAAACACUUUCAAGAUGCUCAAAUGCGAAGAGCUACCUUCGUCGGGGGAAGACGAUGAGGAGGACGAAGAGCCUGUCCAGCUACGUGAGCCUUCAGUGGCCGCAGAAGAUGCACAGAACCCGUCUCCUAAUUCUACAGCAGCUGUCGCUGGCGCUUCCGAUGCCGAUGCCGGCGCCCAGGCCCCCAGGAUCACAAUGCGCCAUGCCAAGCGGCGACAUGUGAAGAAAAAAAUGCGCAGCGUUAAGAAACUGAUCACUGCGCCUUUCACCAAAAAGGAUUUGACACCCAAUGAUGGGGACGAGAUCGUGGUGGAAACGCUGGUCGUGUACAGCUCGGUGACUGUCGUCUGGCAGGAUGGCACAGUCGAAUCGGACAUUCCCUCCACCCAGUUGUAUCCCAUCCAUCAUUUGGACAACCAUGAGUUCUUUCCCGGCGACUUCGUGAGCAAGGCGAACGAGGACACCACAGGAGCCACCGACUAUGGCGUCGUCCAGUGUGUGGACCACGACGAACGCAUUGCCAAGGUCAUGUGGUUCAACAUCUACUCCGACAUAGACAAUCCAAUUCCGAAGUGCAAGGAUGUUGAGGAGCUGAGCGUCUACGACUUGAAGGAUCACUCCGACUACCAGUACAGACCCGGCAUCAUGGUCAUCCGAGUUUCCAACUUCACGGGCAAGGACGUCGACUCAACUGCAGGCCAGGUGAUAGACAACUAUCCCGAUGGGCGGGUGCGCGUUUGGUGGGCCAAGGGGCACAUCACCAUGUGCUAUCCGCAGGAUUUGUUCGAGAUCAACCACAAUGAUCAGGAUGAGCAGGAUGGCUACGAAUCGGAUGGCUCUGAAGACUCGUGGGAGACGCAGUCGGAGCACAGUCGUGUUGGGAUGAACCUCAGCCUGUCCUCAAUGGGCAACGAAGAGCACAUCAAAAUGGGCAUUGAUCGAGCUAGGGAGGCAGUGAAGCGGCUGGAGAGGCUUUUCCGCGUCCUAGUACCCGAGCGCAAAGCGACGGUCCUCAACGAUCUGUUGGCUGUGUACAAAGACUGCCGGGCCCUGGACCGUAUGCUUAAAACCAACUUUUUCCAUGAGGACCACUUCCAGGAUGUCGUGCGCUGCAAACCAUCUACUGGCCGCGAUUCUCCCGAACUGGAAGAAGCGCCAUCGGAGUCGACUCCAGAAGCGAUGACCGUCCUGCCCAAGGUAUCCCCAACAAUUAGGCCAGAACUGGAAAAUAUUAUCAUGUCUGUCGCCGCCCAGCUCACAUCAACGCCCACCAAGCGAAAGUCCUCCACGAAAGUGGACGAGGUUCAGUGCAAGAAGAGCACUGACAAGAUCACGGAAGAGGCGCCGGAAGAGUUGGCGGAAGAAAAGGAGGCUCCGGGGGAACUGCCCAAGGUCAAACUCACCGAAAGCGAGUCAAAGCUCACCUACAACCAGCUAAUAAAGAAGCUUCGCAACGAGUACACGGAACUCUUGAGCUCCGCACGCUACAGCAUUGCUAAAGCCUUUGAGAAUCGCACCAAGAACGAUUCGGGCGUUCACUCGCGCGGUGAGAAUACCUCGGAAGAGUUCAAUAACCCAGACAGCGAAAACAAAUCAGUUGAGGUAUCGGUGGCGAACCACCUAAAGAUGAUAUGCCACGAAGACUGCACCAUUGAACUGGUUAAGUACGAUGCUGACGUCAGUGAGGUCUUCUUCUUCUUGAUCAAGGAGCAAAUGGCCAAGUUUUUCGAGGCGGUCCUCGGAACAGUUGGCAUGCCAACCGACGAUGGCAAGGACGAGGAUGGGGUGAGCGAUGCGGAGGAAGCCAUAGAGGAUGCCGAUCAGGAUGCGAAACCUGCUGCGCCUGCCGUCCACUGUCCGAUGGCGCAGGACGAUGCCAUGGAGCAGCCGUUGAAUUUGAACGCCCUGUCCGAGUCCCUACCACCCAUUGACAGUCCGAUGGCCUGCUCCUCGCCCUCCCCUUCCGUUAUGCCGGACAUGCCGCCCGUUUGCGAAAACUGUUUCCAAGUGCUGCCGAAUGCACCGGCCGCCCAUCACUUCAUCGGCAUCCAUGUGACGCCGGCCAACAAGUCGCAGUAUCAGCGCGCCGUUCAGCGGGAAUACCGCAUGCUGCAGGCCUCCCUGCCAGCGGGCGUCGUGGUGCGGGCCUACGAGGAUCGCAUGGACCUGAUGUCCGUGAUGAUGGUGGGUCCCCAGCACACUCCCUACCAGAACGCCCUUUUCUUCUUCGACUUUCAAAUGGACCGCGACUAUCCGAAGAGCCCGCCGGUGUGCCACUACAUCAGCUACUGCACGGAGCGGCUCAACCCCAAUCUGUACGAGGAGGGCAAGGUGUGCGUCUCGCUGCUGGGCACCUGGUCGGGCCGCGACACCGAGGUGUGGUCCGAGGCCAGCACCAUGCUGCAGGUGCUCGUCUCCAUACAGGGUCUCAUACUGGUCGAUGAGCCCUACUAUAACGAGGCGGGCUACGAGAAACAAAGAGGCACCCAGCUGGGUAAUGAGAACUCUCGAGUCUACAACGAGAUGGCCAUCAUAAAAAUAGCCCACUCCACGGUCAAUCAGCUAAAGAAUCCGCCGCUCAUCUUCCGCAACGAACUGAUUGAGCACUUCAAGGAGUUUGGCAGCGAGCUGCACGGCCGCAUACAGGCCUGGUCGGAGUAUUCGGCGGAGGCCCAGCGCCAGCGCAUCACCAGCAUCAAGGAUAUGCCCGUUGAGUACAAGGCGCCCUGCGAGCUGCCCGAGUUCCCCCUGCUGCCCUGCAGUCGUGGCUUCUCCAUAGCGGUCAAGGGCGUUUUGGGCCAGCUUCAGAGCGAGCUGACUGCCCUGGGUGCGAAUCUGGCCACUGGCGAAGCGAACGGCAAUGCGGCGGCGGGAACGGGUACUGCGCCGCGUGCGGCUCCCGAGGAGAUCUGAGUGCCGCGCGUACUGCUGCCCAGUCCAUGUGCUGUGAAAUUGGUGCCUAUCAAAAGAACCACAAGACUUUUGCCGCCUGGACUUGGGCGUCUGAACUGGCCCUCGGAAAAGGGGCCGCGUUUUAGAGCCACCACUAUCGAAUCUCGAAUUUUUUCCCAACUCGUAUUGCUGGCAAUCAGCCAUUUAGUUAAACGAAAUUUGCUAAAGUUAUUGGUUAUUAGUUUUCCAUGAAAAAAAAGAUGAUAAUAACAUAAGCUGAAUCAUAUAUAUAUAUAUAGAGCGCUCAACUAAGCAAAAUGGUAUAUGGAUCCGCCUCACGUAAUGUCAGUCAAUUUUAUUUAUUUUUAUUUGCCCCCGUGCUCAGUGUAGGCCAGCAAACAAGUUACGCGAUUGUAUUUGUAUUACAUGUGUUGUUUCCCCUGCCUUUGCUGUGAACGCUGGCCUACGCGAAUCUUAGUCGUUUAUGCUCGCGCUGCGUUGUAGUAGGCAUUCCACUAGUGCUUAGCUUAGUCAGUCCACCCCGUCCCCCGAUCCGCACCAUGUACGUACUAUUGUAAGCUAGCCAAUACCUGGAAAUGUGAAUAAAUUAGCAAUUUUAUUUAUUAUGCCUCCAA